AUUCACGUGAGAGAAAAAAUUAAUAGCCUAGGCGUAUGAAUAGGCUAUAUUUGUUUUUUUUCCAAACUUUCCCCUAUGGGAUUCUCCGGGGCUUUUUUCCCUUAGCCUACUUAGGACAUAUUGAGGAUACGAAAUCAGUUGGGUUUGCUUCUAUUGCAAUUUCAUAAAAUGACUGGACUAACAGGCCCUGUCUAGCCAGUAACAUUGUUAAUAAUAAGUUGAUAAAAUAAUCAAAAUCAGAUGUUUUAUAUCAUAGCCUAUCACUGAAUCGUUUCCUCGGUGACAGCUGGACCUCGACCAUAAGAUAGCUCAUAUGAAAUACAAAAGGCUCCUUUAAACACAAGCCGAGUAGUCGAUUUCCGAGCGCAUCGAUGCCUCUGUCAGUGUGAGCGACUGCUCUUUCUGCUGUGAGCAGCACUGCUCUUCUGGCGUGAUCCACAGUUCCCCGCCGCACUCCGAGCCCGAGCCCUACUACAGAUGCGCUGGAGACACAGCUUGCGUUCGCUGACAUCAUGGAUUUUAGUGUAAAGAAACUAGCCUCGGAUGCGGGAGUCUUUUUUUCUCGAGCUGUCCAGUUCACACAGGAGAAUCUGGGACAGGCAGAGAAGACCGAGCUGGAUGCUCACUUUGAAAACCUGCUAGCCAGAGCCGACUGCACCAAGAACUGGACCGAGAAGAUCUUCAGACAGACAGAGUACCUACUGCAGCCAAACCCAAUUGACCACACCGGUGCCAGGAUCGAGGAGUUCCUCUACGAGAAGCUGGACAGGAAGGUCCCCUCUCGGCCCACCAACGCAGAGCUGCUGGGGCAGUACAUGCUGGAGGCGGCCAAGGACUUUGGGCCUGGAACACCCUACGGAAGCACCUUGAUCAAGGUGGGGGAGUGUCAACAGCGACUGGGCGGAGCCGAGCGGGAGUUCCUGCAGACGAGCGCCAUCAGCUUCCUCACGCCGCUCCGCAACUUCCUGGAGGGAGACUGGAGGACCAUAUCAAAAGAGCGGCGUCUGCUGGAGAACCGGCGUCUAGACCUGGACGCAUGUAAAGCCCGUGUGAAGAAGGCCAAGGCAGCCGAGACCAAGGCAGCGUGUGAAGGAGAAGCUGUUCCAGACUUCCAGGAGACCAGACCGCGCAAUUAUGUUCUGUCUGCCAGUGCAUCAGCGAAUGUGUCUCUCUUUCCCUUCCCGUGCGGCCAUGGGCUCUCUCAGCUGUGGACUGAGGAGGUGGACAAAGCCGAGCAUGAGCUACGUGUGGCCCAGACGGAGUUUGACAGACAAGCGGAGGUGACACGCCUCCUGCUGGAGGGAAUCAGUAGUACACAUGUGAACCACCUGCGCUGCUUGCAUGAGUUUGUGGAGGCCCAGACGGCCUACUACAACCAGUGCCACCGCGUCAUGCAGGACCUGCAGAAGGAGCUGGGCAGCUCUCAUGCGGAUGCGUUCUCCAGCUCCUUCGGGAGGAACCCUGGCUCCUCCCCGGACCCAGUGGCAUCUGCGUCCAGUCCCACGGCGUCGGAGACAGACGUGCUCCAGAUCGAGGAGGUCCAGCCGCCGGCCAGUGGCACACGCAAGGCCAAGGUGCUGUACGACUACGACGCCGCCGACACCAGCGAGAUGUCCCUGCUGGCCGAUGAGCUCAUCACAGUGUACACGGUGCCAGGCAUGGACUCUGAUUGGCUGGUUGGAGAGAGGGGAAACCAGAAAGGGAAAGUGCCCGUCACGUACCUUGAACUGCUGAGCUAAGAGGUUAAAGGUCAUCAGCUAUCUACGCACACACACACACGUCAUACUCACACAAACAUUCACACACACACACAUAUGCACACACACAGACGCAUGCAUGCAUUCGGACACACACGCACACAGAGACACACACACACACACACACACACACACACACACACACACACACACACACUACACAAAUCACAAAUUUAUUUGAGUACACUUUUACAGACUAUUUAAGAAGUACAUAGUCCAUUGACACACGCACACACACACACACACGCACACACACACAUGCGCACACCCAUACACACACACACACACACACAUACACAUACAUGCUUACAAACACACACAUACACACUUGCACACACACGCAUACUCACACACUCCAUGUUGACCUCUAAUGAAGAAUUGUCAGGUCAAAUGAAGCCAAGCCAAGCGAACCCUGAGAGUUUACAUUCUGCACUGAGAGCCCUGCAGCUUCCUCAUGGGUCUCAGCGCUCCCCAGUCAUGGGUCUCAGCGCUCCCCAGUCAUGGGUCUCAGUGCUCAACUCAUGGGUCUCAGCGCUCAACUCAUGGGUCUCAGCGCUCAACUCAUGGGUCUCAGCGCUCAACUCAUGGGUCUCAGCGCUCCCCAGUCAUGGGUCUCAGCGCUCAACUCAUGGGUCUCAGCGCUCCCCAGUCAUGGGUCUCAGCGCUCAACUCAUGGGCCUCAGCGCUCCCCAGUCAUGGGUCUCAGCGCUCAACUCAUGGGUCUCAGCGCUCCCCAGUCAUGGGUCUCAGCGCUCAACUCAUGGGUCUCAGCACUCAACUCAUGGGUCUCAGCGCUCCCCAGUCAUGGGUCUCAGCGCUCAACUCAUGGGUCUCAGCGCUCAACUCAUGGGUCUCAGCACUCAACAUGUUUCUAUUUCCACGUGCGGAGCUACAGCUGGUGCCAUCUUGCUUUAUAUGUGCCACCCGUUUAUUUAACACCACACGCACAAUAUGUGUCACCAACCCCUGUUUCUUAGUGUCACUAGGAUUAUUCUGGACCCUCCAUUACAUACACACACACACACAGGCAUAUGUACACACACACGUGCACACACACACACACACGCACAUAUACACAAUCACACACACGCACGCACACACACACACACACACACACACAAAGUUUCUUCUCCUUAAUAUUUUUUUCCUCUGAUUCUGACAGCAUGCAUUAAAAAGCUGACAUACAGUUGAUAUACAACAACUGAGAGAAAACCAAAUAAACAUCCCAAGAACACUACCAAGAAUACUCGUCUGCCUAAUCAGUGGACGGACUGCAUGACUGGCCACUGCUGCCCUCAGUAGCGGUAGCGUCCGCGGCUAGCUCAUGUCCUUCCUGUCCCUGCUCCGUGCCUCUCACAAACACUUCCUGUGUCCCUCAGAUGCCUCAUGCCAGCUCAGCAGUAGGGAAGGUCAAAGGUCAGUGUUCAAUGACGCAUGACCUUCCUCUCCUACUGUUUGCUGACACAUGACAUUCUCCCUCUCUCUUUCUCUCCCUCUCUUUCUCUCUUUCUCUCUUUUUCUCUUCUUUCCGUGUCUCUUUCAACCAUACAAAAAAAAUAAACACAUAAUUAUACAUGCAAUUCUUACUACAGAAAACACAAAAUAAAAAUUGUAUUUACACACACACACACACACACACUCCUCUUUAUUUUAGGACCCAGCUUGUGGGCUGUGCUGCCUUACAACACUCCACCAAAGGUCCCAGUCACAAGAUAAACCCCGCCUCCGUUACAUUCUCUGCUGCUUUAUUGGUCUCCUGCUCCCUAAGUCCCGCCUCCGUUACAUUAUCUGCUGCUUGAUUGGUCUCCUGCUCCCUUAGUCCCGCCCCCGUUACAAUUUUCUGCUGCUUUAUUGGUCUCUUGCUCCCUCACUCCAAUUUGGACAUCAACAGCCCUUUGACUGGCACAAGAAUUAGCCAAUGACUUUACAUUUACUGUACAUUUAUUCAUCUAGCUGAUGCUUUCACCUGCGUUACAUACAACAAUACACAGAUGCUCUUCCACGCCAAGCAGAUGCUGCACUCUCAACAAAAUAUCCAUUGACUCUAAAAGUAGGAAAAACACACACCUGCUGGACGGUAAAAUGCUCUGCAAUGUCAGCAUGCAGGACUGUAACCCAGGUGAGGGCUGAGGUCGGUCUGGAUCAAGGUCCAUGUCUGAACUGCCACAGGUCAUGAUUUGAUAAUAUAUCUUUAAAUACUCCAAACAUGCUUGAUGAACUGCUAUGUGUAUCUGUGAGCCAUGUUGUUUUUUUAAAAUUUAAUUUGAUGCCGCCACAUUCCAUGUGCCGCCAUGUUUACGUGAUUAAAUGCGCUACAAGUCUCUCCUCUGCUCUGCCUUGUGUUGGUUCCGUUUGAAAGCCCUGUCUGCCUGCCGUGUUGCUGACUCCCUGUAAUAACACUAUAGAGCCUGUUGGACUCUUAAAAGCAGAAAUAGCAAUCAACCUACAGACGCAUGCACACACACACACACACGCACACACGCACACACACACACGCAUGCAUGUGAGUGUACUGCCACCUGUUGAGGCGUGUAUUAUGUACUGUUUAUAACACACACAGUGAUGACAUGGCCAUGCACACAGCACCCCUGCGGUCUGCCUGGUGGUGGAGUAUGUGUGUUUUCCAGCGUCUUUCUCUAUGUCGUUUUACACAGCGCGCUAGCGUAGCACGCUAAGAUGAAUGGAGCACUAUGAUUGUGUCUGUACUGUCUGCCUGAAGGGGGCCUUUGUUUUGCAGCUUUGUGUUGAUGUUUGUUAAACUUUAUUUCUUCUGUUUGAGACUUUGGAUGUCCACAGACCAAAGCACUGAAACUGACACACACUUCAGUGACACACACACACACACACACACACACACACACACACACACACACACACGCUCACAUAGACACCAAGAGCCACUGUCUAGGUCUGUACUACAGCUGCGGUAUCGCCCCCUGUUGGUUGAUGUCGGUCUCUCUGCCUUGAUUUCCUUUGUAUUUAUUGCCUGUUCCUAAAGCCAUGCUGAUUGAAUGAAAGCUUACUGGAAUGUAAUAAAAUAAGCUUUAUUGAUACAUA